ACGGCCUCGCGUUCGUCAGUCGUGUGCUAUCGAUGCUCGCUCGAUCGCGAACCGAUACUUGUCAGUUUGCAGCUAAGCCUGUACCAUUUCAUACUAAGAUUCGAACGUCAAGAAUGCUUGCUUUCGCAUGCAAGAAAUAUUUGUUCGCCCUGCUGAUCGCCGUUAUGAUACAUAGUGCAAUUACCGAGGAUAUUGAUCCGCCCAUCCCUUGUGUAAGUGUUCAAACUUGCGUCGACGAUUUGGACAUGACCAAAGGCGUAACGUGUACAGAUGGGUAUUGCGUGUGCGAGAACGAUGGACAAAUGAAGAACUGCUCCAGUAGUAAUAUACAGCAUAACAAAACUAUAGGGUCCACAAUAUUUCAGACUUGCAAGAUCGAUCAGAAUUGUGGGGUUAAUAACACUAUUUGCAACACAACGAAGAGUCAAUGCGAAUGUCGGAAGGGCUACGUUUUAUCAAGUAGCAAAAGAGAAUGCCUUAAAAAAGCUAAUGCAUUGGAUUUUCCGUGCACGGACAACAUACAAUGCUUGGCAUACUUACCGAAUACGACGUGUCAAAAUAACCAAUGUAUCUGCAUCCCUGAAUACCAUUUUGUGACAAACGCUUGUUACAAAACGAUCGAUGUGGGAAAAUCAUGUAACAGAUCGGAGGAAUGCGCUCACGUGAACGGUGCUGUGUGUACGGAUAGAAACGUUUGCGAUUGUGCAGAAGCGACUGUGAUCAACAAGGAUCGAAAAAAAUGUUUGCGAGUCGCGGAAGAUAUCUUGGAAGAAUGCGAGGAAGACGUACAGUGCACUAAAAGUUUCCCAAACACGUUAUGCGUUAAUCGAACGUGUCAGUGUCAAAGUGGAUAUCACUUCGAACACAUAGAGAAGCAAUGUUACAAUAACAAGAAACUUGGCGAGCCCUGUGGGAAUACGUACGAUUGUUACCAGGAGGAAAAUGGAAAUGUGACGGAAAAGGCAGUAACAUGUGAGAAGAACGUGUGCGUGUGUGCGGAGAAUUACGAGAGAAAAGACGAUAGAUGUGUGAGUGGAGGAUCGCAUCUUCUACCUGUUCUACCUACUUUCCUUGUGACGAUUAUUUGUUUGAUCUCCUUCAGACUCGACUAAACAUUUUCGAGCGAUCUAGAAACGUUGCCAGGAAAUGUACAUGUUCAUCAAGAAACGACGUACACGGGAGCAGUUUUGGUAUGCAAGCUUCUCGAUGACACAGCUGAAACACGACGCGAAAUUCAGCACGGAAAGUGAGAAAAAGGUAGCAGAACACAGCGUGGCAUUGGAUGUCUCCGCGACUGCACAGAGUUACGCGUCGAGUGCAUGGAGAGAAUAGGCUGGGUGCACCGAGCCGUUUAAAGACUUCCUGCGGCAUGCAUGCAAUUAACGCACUCAAAGCGCGCUACUGCGACUCGUUUUCGUAGCCUCGUCUACCUUAUAGGUCAUUUUAAUACCAAAGAAAUGGAUACAUUUGCCAACAAAUGGAAAUUAAAUAAUCGUCUAACCCAA